AUGCAGCUGUUACAUUUUACUAAAGAGGCCUUACCCGAUUCAAUUAGUACUGACAUCCAGAAUCUCAAUAAGUUCAACCAACAGCAGUUCGAGUGUUUGACGGACAUUAUCUUCCAUUUUUUAACGGAGCCUAAAGAGACAGACAGGUGUUUAACGCAACUAAGUGAGUUUGCUUCAGAAAAUGGGAUGAGUCCUGGACCUUUGAAAAAUUUAACCAAAAGCAUUCUUCUGGUCCUUAGUGGAGCUCUCAAAAGAGGUCUGAAAGCUGAUCAAGUAAAGACAGAUCUGCUUACACUUGGUCUAAAUGAAGAUAAAACUAGUCAUUUUGAAAAUCAGUGGAAGGUCCAUUCCUGUACACUGUCUAAGUUAGCAGUAGGACAUACUCUUAUGGUCAACCAGCUUGUAGACAUGGAGUGGAAAUUUGGAGUGACUGCUGGAAGUAGUGAGCUUCAAAAAGUAGGGAGCAUCUUUCUCCAGCUGAAGCUAGUCGUAAGAAAGGGAAACAAAACAGAAAAUGUCUACAUGGAGUUAACAUUGCCACAAUUCUACAAUUUCUUACAUGAAAUGGAGCGAGCGAAAGCCAGUCUGGAUCGUUUCAACUAAGUUUUAACUGUUUUCUUCCAUACCUCCAGAAUUCAGCUCAUGGCUCUUUGCAGAAAAACAUCCAUGGAGGACAAAAGACUAUACACAAAGCUAAGAUCAGCUAAGCCAGAUGUUUUAAUGAAGUUUGUAUAGGUUUUACUGUACGUUCAUUAAACCAGAGUUUUGUGGGCAAUUUUCAAAUAAAAACUAUGAAUUAUUGUU